GAAACGAGUCUGUACUUUAUUUCGUGUUUUGUCGCUCGAUAGAAUGCAAUAACAAUAAUUGUAGAGCAGACGGAUGUACCUGUGUACCUAUAUAUUACAAGUGUGUGUCGGUGUGAAUGGGCCAUCAAUCAAGAGUGUCAGGUUCCAGCUUUAGUCACACCUGGCUUCCCAAGUACGUCCCAAAUGCUGGAGAAAGCCCUACUGUUAGUCAGGGGCUAGUCGCCACCAAACUAAACACACCAACACAUUGGAUUCGCUUAUCACACAACUUUUUAUUCGAUGUCCCAUCAGGGGAAAACGCAAAUACUACACACACGUACUACGGUAAAGAACGAGGUUAUCCCAAUGGACUGCAUCUAUUAAGAGAGGAUCGUAUUACAAGACCCGAAGGAAAACCAGCCCCUUGCUUCUAAACCUGCUAUCAGCUAAGGCUAGCAUCUUGUUUUGUGUUGGUAGUGAAUUAAUUCUGGAAAUAUGUGCCCUUUGUCUGACCCAUAGUGUGAAGUGUAGAACCGGUGGACCGUACAGUGUGGUUACUAUCCUAAACCGAAACUUUGUAAACAAUGGAUUUCUUCUUCGACUUGUUUGAUUCUGAAAAGAAAAGAAGAGCAGCUCAGCAGCAGGCAGACAACCGAAACAGGACCGGAAGUGGGGGCGAACUGCCCCCUCUCCGAAUCGAUGGACGGGGACAUCAUGCUUUUAGUUUCAGAAAAUAUGACACAAGGGACACGAAUCGUGUUAGAGAUGAACGAACGAAGCGGGAACUCCAUCGCUUGUAUUUGUGGGAUAUCAAGGAAUUCCUAACCAAAGCCAAAGAAGAUUUUACGCACAAAUGGGAUCACCCUCAACAGAACACAGCCUGCCUUGAUGACUUUGACCGAAUAAAGACCCUAGGGACAGGGUCAUUUGGUCGGGUCAUGUUGGUGCAACAUAAGCAAAACAGGGAAUUCUAUGCCAUGAAAAUCUUAGACAAACAAAAGGUUGUGAAAUUAAAACAAGUAGAGCAUACCUUGAAUGAAAAGAGGAUUUUGCAAGCCAUCAAUUUUCCAUUCCUUGUUAGUUUAGAAUAUCAUUUCAAGGACAACUCAAAUUUGUAUAUGGUGUUGGAGUUUGUAACAGGUGGAGAAAUGUUUUCACAUCUCAGGAGGAUAGGAAGAUUCAGUGAGCCGCAUUCCAGGUUUUAUGCCGCACAAAUAGUAUUGGUCUUGGAAUACUUACAUAAUUUGGAUUGUAUGUACCGUGAUUUAAAACCAGAAAACCUACUCGUAGAUACCCAAGGUUAUCUGAAGGUGACAGACUUUGGCUUUGCCAAGAGAGUAAAAGGCCGCACCUGGACACUGUGUGGUACUCCUGAGUACCUGGCACCAGAAAUCAUCCUCAGCAAGGGCUACAACAAAGCUGUGGACUGGUGGGCUUUAGGAGUUCUGGUGUAUGAAAUGGCAGCAGGCUAUCCACCCUUUUUUGCUGACCAACCCAUACAGAUCUACGAAAAGAUUGUCUCGGGCAAGGUACGGUUCCCCUCACACUUCAGCUCUGACCUGAAGGAUCUAUUGCGUAACCUGCUACAAGUGGACCUCACAAAAAGAUACGGCAACCUGAAGAAUGCCGUCAAUGAUAUAAAAAAUCACAGGUGGUUCCAAUCCACAGACUGGAUUGCCAUCUACCAGAGGAAGGUGGAUGCUCCUUUUGUACCUAAAUGCAAAGGCCCUGGGGACGCAAGUAACUUCGACGAUUACGAGGAGGAACCACUGAGAAUAUCAUCGACAGAAAAGUGUGCAAAGGAGUUUGCGGACUUUUGAGGAUGUAGGUAGAGGAUAGUUAACCCCCAUAGGUUGUUCUCAUCAAGGCAAAGUGUUGUCAUUGUCACCUGAACAUCUCUGUGACAGAUCUCAUCAAGCAUCGAUAAAUCCCACAUGUGCAAUACACGCAGUAUGCAGCUUGAGCAGGGAGUGAACCAAGAUUUGUUGUGACAAAAAGAGUUCAAUAUUUAUGUUAUACCAACAAAAAUUCGCCAAAUUAUGUGUGUAGCCUGCAAAGAACAGACUGACUGAUCAAAUUAUAAUUUAAUGUUUCAUUGAGUUAUUUGUGGACAAGUCUGUGAUAUUGGGUGUACCAGCCCAGUCAGACUGCACAUGUGACAAUGGCUGCCGAUUGAUGUGAACGCUUCAGUGCUGUUGGUCGUAGAAAGCACAAGGGCUAGAUUUUUCGGCGCGAAUGUAAACGGCAUAGAUCGUGACUGUACAAGUCCAGCAGACUUGAAGACAAGGAAUACAUAUAUGAUACUACAAGCAAAGUGGCUGUGUCGGCAAUCGUGAUGGGAAUGUUGGGCAAAUUAAAACCUGUGCUGCAUAUGAUCAAGUUAACAUUGAUCAGUGUUUGUUUUGAGCGAUAUGGAUACAUCCCCCUAGAAUGUAUAUGACUCUUAUUGUAUUUUGUUAUGGAUGAAGCUGUACAUAAUAUACAAGUUUUACAUAUUUCAGAUGGAUUUUUAUACUGAAUGAAUGACUGUUUUAAUAGAGUUCUGCUGUACUUAAUAGGUGUUCACUAGUCUUAUCGAGUAGUGACUUAUUUUUUUUAAUUAACACCUCUUUCCUGAUGCCAAUUUAUUUGUGAAGUCUUGUCAAAACAAGGUGUUAAAUAGAAUGGUCUAUCUGUGUUGGCUGUAUCAACAUGCUUCAUUGUAAAUGGUACUUGGCUCGAAUUCGCUAUAUAUAUAAACACUUUUCCUGGCAACAACAAAAAGAGGGUACAAUUGUCAAAACAUGCAAUAGCCUCAAUAGAAAAAAAAAAACAAGUUUUGUUUUUCUUUUUAAAAUGUCAUUCGUAUUUAUGUUUUAUAGUUUUUAUUCAGGGCAUUUGAUUUGUAGAGUUAAAAUAUUUUUUAAUAUUGUUCAUGAAAUUCUACUUUCAUAUUUCGGUGGAAAAUAUUUAUAAUAAUUGACACAAGACUUUCAACUUCAAUUUCAUUAUUUGAUGUUUCCAGCAAAAGAGUAUGUGUGCAAAGUGAGUGUUUUAAUUCAGCAUGACUUAUUUUUGUAUCUCUUUGAAUGUCAAUUUUCAUUGUCCCAUCUGACUCUGAGCUGGUGCUGAUAUACAUCGUGUUUGCCUGACUGCAGGUUUCAAAUCUCUCAGAAGUAUGAAACGGUGUAAUGAGUAAAAUAAAAGCCAAUUCAGUCUCAUCAUCUAUAAUAAACAUAGAUCAUUCUAUUGUAACUCGUAUAGUUAUUACAUUAUACAUAGCAUCAAUUUUUUUAACUAAAUUAGAAAGUUUGAACAUAUAUUGAAAAAAAGUUUUGUAAAUUUUCACUUAAUAACUUUCUUUCUUGGGCACUACUCCAUGUUGUAUGACGUUGACGUACAUGGUGCUCACUGUAACAUUUUGUUCAUUAACAAUGUGUAGACUGUUAUCUGUCAGUUUUGUCAUCAUUAACUGCAAGUGUUGUUUUUUUUUUUUAUCACAUUCAGUUAUUUUUAUGUAUAUUUCAUUGGAAAAUUUGAAUGCUGAUUCAAAAAGGUCUAGAGCCAAUUUCUUUGGACAUAUGAUUUGGUAACCAAGCUGUAGCUAUGGUAGAGUGUGUGGUCUUGCUGGAAACAUUCAAGUGUUAUACAUGUUCAGUGCUGUGUUUAUUGUAUUGUCGCAGAUCUGAAUGAACGCCAAGUAUCAUUUUAAUAUCUAGUGGUUUUUUUGUCUAAAAUAAGUUUUUAGCAUAUUGUGAUAUUUUCAAAAUUCUACCAAUUUUUGGUAGGUUGAAAAUAGCCACAAGUGUAAAAUUAUUUCAAUUGAAAUAUAUAUUAUAUAUAUAAAUAUUAAUAUUAUUAUUAUGAAAGCAUUUGUUUUAAGUUCAGAGUCAUAAUUAAGGUAAUAAUA